UCUGUCAACAAUGGCGGAUUCUUUUUUAGCUCGUCUCUCUCUCUUCCUCUUCGCCUUACUCUUCCUCUUCGCAACCUACUCAUGGGUUUAUCGACCCGACCCGAAUUUCAAUCCCACUCUCGGGUCGGGCUCCACGGCCCGGGUCGACCGCUCGGAGGAGAAGCCACGUCACCCGCUUGACCCGCUGACGGCGAGAGAAAUCGACAGGGUUCGAGCCAUAUUAACGGGUUAUAACCCGGGUUUCGGAUCCGGGUCAGCGAAGAUCCACGCCAUGACCCUCGACGAGCCGGAGAAGACGCGUGUCACGCGGUGGAGGAAGGGUGAUCGGCUUCCGCCGCGUACGGCGGAGGUCGUGGCGAUGUGGAACGGCGAAACCCACGUGAUGACGGUUCAUCUGGAUUCGGGUCGGGUCGUGUCCGAUCGGGUCAACCCUACUUCUGGGUACCCGAUUCUCACCUCGAACGAAAUCAUGGCGGCUUCCCAGGUUCCAUUCAAGAGCAUAGAGUUCAACAACUCGAUCAAGGCUCGAGGGAUUCCGUACGCCGAUCUGAAAUGCAUAACCCCAUCGGCCGGAUGGUUCGGACCGGACGAAGAAGGACGACGAGUCAUAAAGAUUCAAUGCUUUUCACAGCAAGGCACUCCCAAUUUCUUCAUGAGACCCAUCGAAGGCCUUUAUAUGACGGUCGAUAUCGACAGAUUGGAAGUCAUUAAGAUCGUGGACAAGGGUCCGGUUCCGGUUCCUAAAGGUGCCGGUACAGAUUACCGGUUUAAGGUUCAGAAUAAACCGGCUCAGAUGGACCGGAUCAACCCUAUUUCCAUUGAGCAACCGGAGGGUCCGAGUUUUAGGGUUGAAGAUGGUCAUUUGGUCAAGUGGGCCAAUUGGGUUUUCCAUAUCAGACCGGACCAACGAGCCGGUUUAAUCAUUUCUCAAGCUACGGUUCGCGACUCCGAGACAGGUGAACCAAGGAGUGUGAUGUACAAAGGGUUUGCGUCGGAGAUGUUCGUUCCGUACAUGGACCCUGAAGAAGGAUGGUACUUCAAAUCGUACAUGGACGUCGGCGAGUUCGGGUUGGGCCCCACGGCAAUGCCGCUCGUCCCUCUCAACGAUUGCCCACGAAACGCUUACUAUCUCGACGGCGUCUUCUCCUCUCCCGACGGAAUACCUUAUAUCCAAUCCAACAUGAUUUGUUUGUUUGAACGUUAUGCCGGCGACGUUAGCUGGCGACAUUCUGAGAUCCUUCUCCCCGAACAAGGCAUUAGGGAAUCGAGGGCAAAGGUGACACUAGUGGCUAGGAUGGCGGUUUCGGUUGGAAAUUACGACUAUAUUUUCGACUGGGAGUUUCAAACCGAUGGUUUGAUUCGUGUUACGGUUUCGGCCUCGGGAAUGCUUAUGGUGAAAGGAACGCCGUACCAAAACGUAGAUGAUCUCGGCGACAAAGAGGACGAUUCUGGACCGUUGAUCUCCGAGAACGUGAUAGGAGUCGUACAUGAUCAUUUCGUAACGUUUCAUUUAGACAUGGACAUCGAUGGAUCGACGAAUAACUCUUUCGUUAAGGUUCAUCUAGAGAAGCAGAGAGUUCCGAAAGGGAAAUCGCCAAGGAAGAGUUACCUUAAGGUCAAGAAGUAUGUAGCCAAGACUGAGAAGGAUGCUCAAAUCAAGCUCAAUCUCUAUGACCCGUAUGAAUUCCACGUUGUAAACCCUAACCGGCGGUCUCGGUUAGGAAACCCGGCCGGGUACAAAAUCGUACCGGGUGGUAACUCAGCGAGUCUGCUCGACCACGACGAUCCACCACAAAUUCGAGGUGCUUUCACUAACAAUCAGAUAUGGGUGACUCGGUACAACCGGUCAGAGCAAUGGGCCGGAGGAGUUCUAAUGUACCAAAGCCAGGGUGAUGACACUCUACAGGUCUGGUCCGACCGGGACCGUUCGAUCGAGAACAAGGAUAUAGUCUUGUGGUACACGUUAGGAUUCCAUCACAUCCCGUGUCAAGAAGAUUAUCCGGUUAUGCCAACGGUGUCGGCUAGCUUCGAGCUUAAACCGGUUAAUUUUUUCGAAAGCAAUCCGAUCCUUGGGGUUGAACCCUUCUUCGAGAAAGAUCUACCGGUUUGUAGACCGGCUGCUACAUCUUGAUUGAUCCGGUUUACUGUAAGGUAAAAUUAAAUCCAAUAAAUUUAUGUGAUCUUUUUGUAGCCCUUUGUAAGUCCGUAAGUCCAAUGUAAGGGAAAAGAUUCACAAUUAUACAAAACCAGAAAAGCCGGUUUAAACCGGUACCGGUUU